CGAACUCACAGAGAUACACCUGCCUCUGCUUCCCAAGUGCUGGGAUUAAAAGCAUGAACCACUAUUGCCCGACUUCAGUUUCUUAAUUUUAAAACCAUUCUGACCAUGUCUGAGUGCCCAGCUCCAAAGCACAAAUCGCAUCCAUAGCAUUGUGCAAUCAAGCCAGUCCUGCCACCAUCCACCUUCAGAACUCUCUGUCUUCCUAAACUGAAACUGUAUCCCCAUGAGCCACUCACUUAGUCACAGUUCCUUCCAGUCUUGGCACUCCAUCCUGUUUCCUGCCCCAGUAGACCUAAGACUAUUGGGUCCCCAGCAGGAGACUUAGGCAGUAUUUGUCUUUUGAUAUAACCAGCUCCUUGCAGCCCAGAGCUCUGGAGGGGCAUCCAACAAGUGGGAGGCUCUCUUUCCUCUUUAUGGCUGAUUCACACUCCAGUGUCUGGGUAGACUGACUGUCAGUCAGUGCAUGCAUCCCUUCGGCUGCCUCUGCUUCCAAACACCUUGGCUCUGAAGUGCCUUUUGCCGGUCAUUGGUACUGUGGAGUGGUGAGUGGAGGUUUUGAGAAACUUUUCUGUAAAUUUCAAAAUCAACGACAUCUCGAGGGAGGAAGGAAGUCGAGGAACCUGGGUGAGGCCCUCACGGGAAGAACUCAGGCAAGGAGUGGUUUUAAAUUCCUCCUCUCUGGCUAGGGCUGUGCCUGGGCUGCAACUGUUAGGCCUCACAUUCAGCAUCCCAUCCCUGCCCUGUCCUGCCUCUGUCUCUGAUGGCCAGACUGGAGCAUUUGCUGCUGCUGCCUGGGCUGCUUCUGUGGGCAACAGUUUGCAGUGUAAGCAGUUCAAGCCCAUGUGGGGCAGAUGAAUUCCAAUCUGAUACCUUCUGCUGCCAAUUAUGUCCCGCUGGCACCUACGUCCUUAAGCCAUGCCAGAGGGACCAUGGUAAGAGCGAAUGCGUCCCAUGUGAACCUGGAUACUUCAUGACGCACAAUAACAGUGAACUUGGCUGCUUUCAAUGCUCUCAGUGCCGGAAUGACCAAGAGGAGGUGGCCGCAUGUUCUCAGAUGGCUGAUCGUGAAUGCCAGUGUAAGCAGGGAACCUACUGUAACUCUGAAAACUGUGUGGAGAAGUGCCUUCGGUGCAGCAGAUGUCCAAAUGGCAGAGUCAUCAGGCAGUGCAACGCCGCGAUGGACACACUGUGUGACACGUCGGAUUCAGAGUCAGGAACGCCAAGCUGUCAUUGUCUCUGCCUGUCUGGAGCUUGGAAAAUUGUAGUUGUCACGGCUGCUGUCGUCGUCAUAUUAGCUGCUGUCAUCAACAUCGUAGCUUCUUGCAUCUUCAUCAUCAGGUGUUGUAAAAGAGGGUGUCGAAGAUCACCACAUGUUUCAAAAGAGGAGACCCAGCUCUAACCUUCAUCCAGUAACUGAUGGAAGCAGAUGCAGAGGUCCACAACCAAGCACUGGGCCAAGCUCCAAAACUCCAGUUGAAGAGAGGGAGGAGGAGACUAUAGGAGCAAGAGGUGAGGGAUCAAGAUCAUGCCAGGGAAACCCCCAGAGACAGUUGACCUGAGUUCAUGGGAGCUCAUGGACUCUGGACCAACAGCUAGGGAGCCUGAUGGAGCUGUACUAGGCCCUCUGCAUGUGGGUGACAGUUGUGUAGCUUGGUCUGUUUGUGGGAACCCUAGCAGUGGGACCAGUAUCUGUCCCUGACACAUGAGGUGGCCUUUUGGAACCUAUUCCAUAUGGUGGGAUGUUUCACUCAGCCUCCAUGCAGGGAGGAGGAGGAGCUUGUUCUGCCUCAGCUUGAUAUGCCAUGCUUUGUUGACUCCCAUGAGAGGCCUUACCCUUUUUGAGAAGUGGAUGGGUGCAGGUAGAAAGGAGGUAUGAAUGGAAAGAAAGGAGGGAAGAGAAGUAAUGGUUGGUAUGUAAAAUAAUUUUUUAAAACACAGCCAACUAAUAACCAAAACCUACAAACAAAACCUAGACCAUAUAUAAACUUUCCUUUAGAACCUUUCAAUUUUCAAAUAUCAAAAAUGCUAAUUUUUGACACACAUGAUGGUACACACAUCUUUGGUCCCUGCACUAGGAAGGCAGAUCUCUGUGGCCUGGUACAGAUCAAGUUCCAGGAUGGCCAAGGCUGGCUACACAGAUAAAUCCUGCCUCGGAAAACCAAAAAAACCAACAAACAAACAAAUCAAAAAAAAUCUUAAGUUCCCUCCUCCCUUUCAGAAGCAAGCAGGAAAUGUUCAGAGCAGCCCUGAGAUUUUACUGUUGCCCACACUGGGCCUCAAGCCUAAAUCUCACCUGGUGCUUGGAAACUCACAGGAAGAAAAAGAAAAAAGGAAAGAAGAAGAAAGGAAGGAAGGAAAAUAAAAGGAACUGAGACACUGGGCUAAAGUCAUUUACUUAGAAUAAAUUUUACUUGCCAAGAAUGAUUUGGAACAAUGUCACUCUGAACUGAAAAAUAGAAAAAAAAAAAAAACUCCAAGCUUUAAACCACAAUUCCUAUAAGGAAAGUCUAUGUAAUCAGGGACAUGCAGGCUGGAAUUCAGAAUACAGAGUGAAGUUACAUCUCCAAACACAUUCUUUCUCUUCACCCAGAAUACUGAGGAUUUUAUUUUUGUACUGAAAGAAUAAUAUAUUUAGAAUACAAAUUAGAUAUUCUAUUUCAGAUUUAAAAAGAACUUUAAAAUUAUGCCUAUACUAUUCUCUACAAGUACACCCUGUCUAAAAGUCUCUUCAGUACUUAAGACAAUGCAUGCUCUUUUAUUCAAAAAAAAAAAUCAAGAAUUUCCAGACUUAAAGACUACAACAGAAAAAAAUGUAAUGACAGUCAAAUGUCUGGGACAGGCCCAGCAAGCCUCUAGUUUGUUUGUUUGUUUGUUUGUCUGUUUGAUAGAAGGGAGGUCUAUGCGUGGUAUUUACUCGUCUGGGGAGAGGGAGGGGGGGUUUUACUUGUGGAAAAGUCUGACAGGCCUGUAAUUUUUUUCUUACUUAUUCUCAGAUAAUGUCAAACCUACUCAUCAGUAAGAAUGAUAUGGAAGCAGAUUUUCUUUUAUUACUUUUUUCACUUAUGAUUCAGGUAUAAACUAAUACUUUUAUUUUUAUCUUACCACUUUCAGUAUUUUUUUUACAUUUUUUGUUGAUAUUUAUUGAGCUCUACAUAUUUCUCUGCUCUUCUU